UGAUCAAACUUCUGUCGUUCCUGCACACCGUUCAGCGCGUCAGGGGCCCCAGAACCCGUCGCACAGAGUGCAGAAUGAUACUGAAAGGAGUAACAAGACUCAUCUCCAGAGUCCACAAGUUGGACCCUCGGUGUUUUUUGCACUUGGGAACCCAGGCUACCCGAAGCAUUGCUGCUCACCCCAAUGACCAGGUUCCAGUUGAGAGGCCCAGAACUAUUUCCCGUACCAAUGAAAGUGACCCGGCCCAGCAUGGGGAGCGGCACGAAGGCCAGCACUACGACAUCCCCCUGCAGGACCUGAGGAUGGUGCUUCCCCACGGUCUGCCACCGCGCUUCGCAAUGCAGGUGAAGACAUUCGGGGAAGCGUGCCUCAUGGUGAGGAGACCGGCCCUGGAGCUCCUGCACUACCUGAAAAACACUAAUUUUGCUCACCCAGCUGUCCGGUAUCUUCUCUAUACAUUAGAUGGAGAAAGGGGAACAGGAAAGACCCUCAGUCUUUGCCAUAUCAUCCAUUUCUGCGCAAAACACGGCUGGCUGAUCUUGCAUAUUCCAGAUGCUCAUAUUUGGGUGAAAAACUGUCGGGAACUUCUGCAGUCUACCUACAACAAACAGCGUUUUGAUCAACCGUUAGAGGCCUCGACAUGGCUGAAGAAUUUCAAAACUACGAACGAGCGCUUCCUGAGCCAGAUAAAAGUUCAAGAGAAGUAUGUCUGGAAUAAGAGAGAAAGCACUGAAAAAGGCAGCCCUCUGGGAGAAGUGGUGGAGCAGGGCAUCACCCGGGUGAAGACCGCCACUGACGCGGUCGGGAUUGUCCUGAAGGAGCUAAAGAGGCAGAGCUCCGAGGGGCUGUUCCAUCUCCUGGUGGCUGUGGACGGUGUCAACGCAUUGUGGGGGAGGACCACGCUUAAGAGAGAAGACAAAAGCCCGAUUGCAGCAGAGGAAUUAGCGCUGAUUCACAACCUGAGGAAGAUGACGCGGAAUGACUGGCAUGGAGGUGCCAUCGUGUUAGCUCUGAGCCAGACAGGGUCACUCUUCAAGCCCUCAAAAGCCUCUCUGCCCCAUGAGCUACUGGGCAAGGAAGGCUUCGAUGCCCUGGACCCCUUUCUUCCCAUCCUGGUUUCUAACUACAGACAGAAAGAGUUUGAAAGUUGCAUUCAUUAUUAUUUGGAGAGCAAGUGGCUCCAGCAUGAGAAAGCUUCUACAGAAGAAGGGAAGAAAGAGCUGCUGUUCUUAAGUAAUGCCAACCCCGGGCAGCUGGAGCGGCUCUGUGCUUACCUCUAAGCCAUUGUCACAAAGUGCACGGAA